AUGAGCGAUGAGAUGCGUGACAAGGCAUCUCUGACAGCGCCCAGAUCCAAGGAGCUUGAGGUUGAUAAAGAGCCUCCCGGUAGAACGGAAGAAGUGUUCCAUCGGUCUCGCCGUAACGGGAAUGCUAUAAGAGUCCCGAUGCUGCCCUCCAAGAGUACUGCACAGUCCUCCUACGGCCUUUCUCGAAUUUCUACUAAUGACACGACUCUUUGCACAUCACAGCUGGCAGUUACAGAAUUUGCGCUAUAUUGGACGAAGAAGAGCGAUACUGAAGCAACCGAUAGGGAAGGUGAAUAG